AGAUGUGCGAAACUGUCACAUAGAUCACUGAGAACCGUAAGAAUUACUUGGACGCGGAGAAAGGUGAUGGGUGGUUCUGCGGCCUGGUCUCCGUAACCGGGUGUAUAUCCCGUGUCAAGUCUUCCAGAGACAGAGCAAGCAUCUCCAGCAUCAUCAGCAUCACCAUCAUGCUGAACCAGGCAUCCCGCGAGGCGCUGAACUCGGCCACCUACCUGGAGGACUACCUGGACUGUGUGGAAAACAUGCCAGACGACCUGCAGCGCUCGCUGACCCGGCUGCGGGAGCUCGACAUCCGGUACCAG